AUGCAAGCAAUCAAUGUGAGCGGAGGUGGAGAACCUUCUAUGGGCCGGACACCUCCCCUCCGAUAUCCUAACACCGAUCGUAUCCUAUCCGGUGACGCAGGGGAACCAUAUACCCUUGAGACUUUCGUCGACUAUUUGUCUGAGAACCACUGUAUUGAGUUACUGGACUUUCUUUCGGAGACAAAGACCUACAUUGAUGCUUAUCGUGCUUCGGCCCCCGACAUUUGCGCCACGAAAAUGACAUCAGAUUCGCGGCGGCUAGGGAAGCAAUGGAAGAGUUUGAUGAGCACCUAUAUUACACCAGGAGCUCCCGACGAGCUCAAUUUCCCCCAAUAUAUUCGAGCGACACUACUUGAUCGCACCAACGUAAUGAUAUUGCCGCCUAGCCCUGCCGUGUUAGAACCUGCUAUGCGUUAUGCUCAUGAGAUGUUAACCGAGAGUGCGCUGAUGCCGUUUAUUCAGAGCAUACGCUUGUCUGGCAAUCAUAUCAAUCGAAACAAUGUGAACGGUCGAAACAACAUGAACGGUCGAAACAACAUGAACGGUCGAAACAACAUGAACGGUCGAAACAACAUGAACGGUCAAAACAACGUGAACGGUCGAAAAAACCUGUCUCCAUCGUCAGAGCCACAUGGUAGUGGCCAAAUAAACCUGCGUGCCAUUUCUGGACCUUCGUCAAAUACGAUGUACACUUUGCGGAGGGUGAGAGGGGCUCUCGAAAAUGGUGGCGGAUACCUUCUUUCCGACUAA